AUGCGGCAAGAUGCAUCACAGCAUACAGCUCCCUUCCGCCAUCUUCUUCCCCCCAUCUUCCCCCUCUCGCCCUUCCCCUCUCCCCCGUCCCUCUCUCCCCCGUUCGCCUUCCUUCCCCGCCAACCCUUGCGCUUUUCCGCCCUCCCCUGUCGCGUGCAGACAGCGCGCGGAACCACAAGACAUAGCGCGCAACCACGAGACAUCACACGCAAUCACAAGGUGCGGCGGCAGUACAGCCUGCAGCUGAACGAGAACGAGAUGGUGCAGAAGGAGCUGGAGCUACUAGAGGAGGAUGCGAAGGUGUUCAAGCUGAUAGGCCCGGUGCUCGUGCCACAAGACCUGGCAGAGGCCCGGGCAAACGUGGGGAAGCGGCUGGAAUACAUCUCUAGUGAAGUUAAGCGGCUGGAGGGGGCACUGAAGCAGCUAGAGCAGAAGCAAGCAUCAAAACAGCAGGACAUCAUGCAAGCACAACGAAAGCUUCAAGCGUUCCAUGCACAACGGAGGCAAUAA